AGGGAUGAGAUUGUGAGUUGGUAGUGCGAAUUACCGUACGAUAGUACCAGUAAGGAACAGGAACAACUAUUGCGACGAAUCGUUCCUGUCCGGUAGGACUGCUGAUGAUUCGAAACAUGAUGAUUUUCUGUUCGUUCGUACCCCGUGGCCCAUCGCUCCAGGUGCUACGGAAUACAGAUUUGGGCAAAUUCUAUCACAUCGCAUCUUCCAGGGUAGAUAUGGUUGUAUGGAGGUGGAAUUAUGAGACAACUGCAUAAGCAGCAGUGAGGGACAAAACGAUAAGAGAAACCGAAGAAACAAAUGCUCUCUCCUAUCCAACACUCGACAUUUUUGAUCCUAUCCACGAUUCUAUAUUUUCUGUCGGCGUUCCUGGUUCUUUCUUCUCGCCAUCUGGUGUUUUCAUUCUCGUCCACCCAGCGAAUGCACAGCGGGAGCGACGGAAAAAACUCGCAUCCACAUCCGCAACUACUGUUUUCCUCGCCAUCACCCAUGUUGCUUUCGCAAAUGCCCAUCCCGGUGCGCGUUGAGCUCUUUCUCCCAAACCGCACCAACAAAAAGAAAAAGAAGCCACCAAACGGCGCGGUCCGCGCCAACAAAGAUGAUCGUGGCCUUGUCGACCGAAUCAGGUUGUUCGAGGAGCACGGGAUCACCUCGUUCAACAUCGUCAACAAGGACAAGACCGACAAGGAUUCCGUGGUCGAAUGGAUCGAGACGAUCCGAAAUGCGUCUCUCAAAGCAUCAAAUAGCACCGACGUUCAUGUUUGUUCCCAGUUUUCACUUCUGCACAACAGGCCGCCCAAAACACGCAACCUCCGAGACCAGAGAAAGGAGCACUUGCUGGAAACGCUAAAGAAGGGGUAUUUUGGAGCAGCAGACGAGAUCCUUUUGGUGUCUGGUAGUGGGACCAAACCCUUGUCCUCAUCGCCGUGCUCCGAAACUCCGUGGAACACGGCGGAUGGAAUCGAUGCGGUGAACGAUUAUUAUGAGAAUAGAGGCGACAACGAUGUUUGCCAAACGACGUUUCCGCACAUAUCCGUUUCCUACAAUCCCUACCUUUCUGACCCGCACCUGCAAGACCAGGAGAACUCUCGACUCGAGCGCCAAUUGGCUACAGGAUGCCUCUCCAAGAUUUAUCUUCCAUUCGGGACAGAUCUGGACAGGCUCCGGACCGGCCUUGAAUUUUGUGCGGAUGCUAUUCACACGGCCAAAAGGAAGCACCAGAGGGCAGGCGAUGUUUCUUUGGUGGGUUCGUUUGUGUUGCCCACCCCCCGAUGGAUGGCCCACCAACGGAAGUUCUUUCGCUCAUCCCAGAAACGUGUUAUGCUGGAUCCGAGAUUUUUCAAAAGUGAUGAAAACCAAGAACUGACUGCCAUUGUAGUCCAAGUCAUCAGAAUGUAUGAGAAGCAUGGUUUUGGAGAACUGCUGUUGGAAGCCUCGCCCAGUGCCAAUACUCUUUCCUGUACGAAAGAUGAUCUCUCGUUCUUGUUCGAUAUAUUGAAGCGGGUUUCUGCCAGUCGCGACGAUGGACUAGGGCCCAAUCGCUGCAAUGAUAGCGAAAGAAGCAGCAGUAUGGGUAUGAACAAUUUCAGAAACAACAGCAACGGUGUCGAUUUCAGCAGCAAUUCAAAAGGAACGAAAACGGGCGCAGAAAGUAGCCAAUCGCCAGAAAUUUUGAAGAAAUCACUGCCCUCUUCACUACGGCAAGAUUGGAGGUCACGGUCAUCGUCUCCCUGCAUUCUUCUCUUUGGAUCUCACGAUGUUCGGCUGCAGGACAACAAGGCAUUGGAAGCAGCAGCGAGAAGCCACAAGAAAUUGCUGCCGGUCUUUUUGUGGACAAAAGAAGAAAGGGAUGGAGACCAAUGGGGAUGUCCUAGAAACACGGCGGUGGCGGUUUGCCUCGAGGAGGCACUGAAGAGCCUUCAGGACUCUCUCCAAUCGUUUGGUCUUCCUCUCAUUUAUUGCAACUGUUGCGGCCCAUCUCCACGCCACGACAGCAGGGAGGAGCAGCUGCAUCAACAAGAGAAUUCGCACGGCAUUCGGGAACUCAAGCAUGUCGUCGAGGCUGUUGGGGCCACCGCUGUGUAUUGGAAUAAGGACCCAACACCCGAAGGUCGGGACAGGGAUGCCUAUCGAAGAAGAAUUCUGGAGCAACAUCGUUUACCGCGACGAAUCGAUGUUUUUGAGGCACAGUCUUCCCUGCUUUAUGACGUGAGCACCAUCGAACUGCCGACCGGGUUUCGCGGAGGGCAUUUUGGGACACUCAUGCCCUUUCUGAAUCACUGCAGGAAACAAUUCGGGGUCCCCUCCCGUCCAACACCCUACUUCGAAACGUUUCGGAUACUGGAAGAAAGCUCACCCCCUGAAGCCUUUGAUACAAUCUUUGACAUGCACGGUAGCACGAUGUCCACACAUCUGCGCGAUCUCAAAAUAAUAGACACCUUCAAACUCUCCCACAAGUGGGACCAACCUAUUCGGGCACGAUUCCCCAUGAGCGAGAAGAUAGCCCAGAGUACCGUGGACUCCUUUGUCCGCAACGGAAUGAAACGAUACGAAACCGAUCGCAGCCGGGCUGAUAUCUCCGAUGCCACCUCUCGGCUCUCCCCGCAUCUCCGGAUCGGGACAAUGUCUCCGAACCAGCUCUACUGGCGGAUCGAGGACAGUGAACUGCCCUACAAGGACACCAAAACACUCGGACGCCGCCUGAUAUGGAGGGAUCUUGCCUAUUUCCAGCUGCAUUGCUUCCCGAGUAUGAAAAAGAAGUGCAUCCGGAGCCACUACGAAGCGAUGGAGUGGGUCGAAACCAUUGAGGAGGACCGCCGGUUUCGAGCCUGGAAGACCGGGACCACUGGGUAUCCCAUUGUGGAUGCGGCGAUGCGGGAACUAUACGCCACUGGUUGGAUGACCCAAAGCAUCCGAAUGGUGGCCGCCUCCUUUCUUACCGAGUACCUACGGAUCAACUGGACCAAGGGAGCCGAAUGGUUUCAUCACACCCUGGUGGAUGCCGACUCCGCCAUCAACGCCAUGAUGUGGCAGAACGCGGGGCGGUCCGGGAUCGACCAAUGGAAUUUUGUUUUAUCCCCCACAACCGCCUCGCAAGAUCCUACCGGUGCCUACACGAGGCGGUGGGUUCCGGAGCUCGCGGAGCUCCCCACCAACAGGCUGGUGCAUUGCCCCUGGGAGGCAACGGAAGAUUUGCUAGAGGAACACGGAGUCGUCCUGGGCGAGACGUAUCCCCAUCGCAUCGUUGUCGAUCUAAAGAAGGAGAGGAAGAAAAGCGUGGAGAACACCCUGGCGGUCCGCCGUGCGGCGCAGGACUACAACACCGAUCGAGGUUACGACAUGAUCGACCUUCCGAACGGACAGAAGUCGAUCGUCUUUACAAAGAAGGAAUACCGGAUCGACCGGAACGGAAACGUUCUUCCAUCAAACAAAAGCAACGGCAACCGAAGAGCGUCCAAUCGUAUGGGAAAUUCCAGGACAGGCGUGGUAAGACACAAGAAAUCGAGUCGCAAUCCGAAGAAAGCAAAGACUUCUACCUAGAUACGAGAAAAGGAAAAUUAGAGGGCGGUGUAGAUUAAUUGAAUAAGUGAAGUCGUCAUCCUCCUCUGCCAUAUUUUGUUCUCGCAGACAAUACUUAUUCAAUACCGAUGCAUCAGCCGUGAUGCAAAGGAUCCCCAGCCUGCGUUUGGAUUGACCAUACAUUUGUUUGACCUAGAGUUUUCAAUACUAUCUUUGGUACUCUCUCCCCGGAUAUAUAGCUAUUGA